UUCUAUAUAGAAUAAAUAUCAAUGAGCUACUACUAGGUACAUACAUGAUUUACCAAUCCCCUAUAUACAACCUGUCUUGAAGUGAGUCAGUUAAUUCCAGUGAGCUUGACACGGCGUCUGGGUAGAUGUACUUACACAAAGAAAGAUAAGUUCUACUAAUACGAGCAGCACGAUUCAAAAAGAGCCAAACUUAGAACUUGCACCCUUGUAAGUUGUCAGCUAUGGCAGUUGCCACCGUGGUGGCUGACUGGUGGUCUACCGGUACCGCCCCUGACCGCCUAUAUAAAAUAUGGGUACUGCACUACUUACAAUGCUGCGGCUAGCAACUGACGAAUCAUCUUAGACCAUUCCAAGUUCCUAUGGUCCCCUCCUUUUCGAAACGUAACCUAAGACGUCCCGUGUCUUCAGUUCCAUAAUUCAAGCCAUCUUAUAAUUCGCGACAUUCUUCCUUUCUCUCCAACUCGUCGGAUUUACACACCUCAUCAUCAAUCAAUCAACUAGUCAAUCGGUCGUGCAAGUAAUCCAAAUCGCCCAACAACACAAUGAAGAAAUUCCUCGGAAAGAAGACAUCCGAUGCGGGCGACGACCCGAAUCGCUCCGCCCUCUUUGGGAAAAAGGGAUCACCAGCUCCGUCGGACAAUCCCUACGCCCAAUCUCAACCUGCAAAUGACCCCUACAUGAACGACAACAACAAAUUUGCCCAUAUGACUCCUUAUCAACAAGCUCGAACGGGUCUUCAGAACAACCAGCCUGUUGGUCUCCCAAGCGGACCUGGCCCUCGCAGCGGAUACGGUGCCCCUCCUCUUGCUCGCAACGGCAGCAGUUCCUCAUCUGCGACAGCCCCUCCCCCUUAUUCUAGCGGACAACCUAGCAGCCAGCCGUCUGGUGGUUAUGCCAACAACAAAUACGGCUCAUCUGGUGGUUAUGGGAACAAUAAAUACAACAACUAUGGUGGUGCUUCAGCUAGCCGCCCUGGUGGAUAUGGCGGACUCGGUCGAACCGACAGCAAUGGCACGGAUGCCAACCGAGACGCUCUAUUCUCAGGCGUUCAGGAACGCCACGAACAGAAGGGCAAUCAGGAUGGAGGUUAUGGUACAUCUGGCGCAUCCGGCGCCGACUCCAAGUAUGGUGGCUAUGGAGAGCAACGUGAGCUUACGGAGGAAGAGAAAGAUUACGAACAAUACAAGGACCUGAAGAAGGAGAUCCACGAGACUACUAAAGCCAGCGUCAACUCCACCGAGAACUCUAUGAGGGCCCUGAACCAAAGUUUGGAUGUUGGCAUGCAAAGUCUAGCUCGACUCGGUGCUCAGAACGAACGGCUCUAUAACACAGAGCAGCUCGUAGACUCCGCGAUCGAGAAGCAGCGUCACGCCGAUGUUCAGACAAAGAAACUCAAGACUCUCAACCGAAGCAUGUUCGCCGUCCACGUCAAGAACCCAUUUACGGAGAAGCGGAGGACCGCGGAAGAGGAGUCGAGAGUCAUAGCUCAGAACCAAGCUGAUCGAGAGGUCCGUGAGGCUACCCGACGAGAGAAGUUUGCCCAGAAUUCGCGCAUGGAGUCGAACUUCUCCGAACUAAACAGAGGACAAGCACCUCCGUCAUUCUCGAAACCCAACAGAAAUGACAGGAACAAGUAUACUCUAGAAGAUGACUCGGAUGAGGAGGGUGCGCGUGACCUGGAGAACGAUAACGAUCAGAUUGAGAACAACCUGAACGAACUCCAGAAUGGUACUUUCAGACUCAACCGACUUGCCAAAGCCUUAGGCGACGAACUCGACCAGGGUAACAAGCUUAUUGACAGAAUUGGUUCUAAGACCGAACCACUUGAUGACCAACUGAGAGUGACCAACAUGAGGCUCAAGAAAAUGAACGGAGAGUUAUAGGCGAUCCGAGAUUGCGCACAUGUUUACACACCAGCGGAAGCACAUUUGAAUAUGGACCUUUCGUUUGGAUUACUGAUGCUCUACAUGGGUAUCUAUAGUUCUGAGUAGCCUACGUGUGGAAAAUAGAGUGAGGGUGUCGCAACACAUCGGGGUAGAUGGACACUUGCAUACGUCUCUUGCUUUUUACCUCAGGCCAGUUCGUAUAUACAUCAUGCUUUAGAGCUAUGACGUAUUUUUAUGAUACAGCAAUCCUAACAUAGAAUAUGUAAUAACAACAUUUCACCCCCUAUUUGACCCCUUUGAGAACCACAAGUGAGAAAAUAUGCCAAUAUAUCUUGUCUUA